CUCUCCGCCCUGAGCCUUACCUCUGCCUCGCCUAUCUCCUAUCCCAGUCGCCGUGACAGCGCGGCGUUGACCUGGCACGUUUCCAACUUCACCACCGGCUGCUCGCCGGGAGGCUGCGUCUACAACUUCAACAUCCUCGGUGUGGCAACCAAGAACACGCCUGGCUUCAAUACUACCUGCUCUGGUACGACCACGGAUAGCAGCUCCGACGACCUCGUCUCCUGCCAGAACCCUUUGAUCAAGUCCCGCGUCAAAGCCGAGCCGUAUCCGCUGUGGAAUGUUCGGGCUGAACAUGAAUGGAUCCUCCCUGGCGAUGCCGAGUUCUUUGCUUUCGGAGAGACUAAUGUCACCUCCUCGACACCGCGGUUUACAAUCCCCGUUACCGAGGAGUAUGGAGUCGCUUAA